AUGCCUGUUCCUCCCGGACAUCAUGGCAACCUCACGCCUGAGCAGGAGAAAAAGCUACAGGAGUUGUGGGCCGCGACGCUGAAAGUCUUUGGAGUUGUAGAGCCCACCGAACUUACAGAUGCACCUGUGACUAAACUGGAGUCCCGUGCUACAGAUCUAGAUGGCAAAGACAAGAAAAAGAGCAAGAGGCGACUUGGUGUCUUCAAGAGACAUGGUGACAAGAAAGACUCGAGCAAUGGGUCAACGACCCCAUCCAAGGACAAUGCCGAUGACGACAAGUACGGCCAGGUGAAAGAGUUUCAGGAGAUUCUGGCCACUCAAGAUCCCGAACUGUUGCGGAGGACAUUCUGGAGCAUGGUAAAAGCAGACCAUCCGGACGCCCUUCUGUUACGGUUUCUCCGGGCGAGAAAAUGGGAUGUCGACAAGGCCCUGGUUAUGUUGAUAUCUACAAUGCGGUGGAGAAGUCAGGAACAACAUGUCGAUGAUGAUGUGGUGUUGCGCGGAGAAGGUGGUGCCCUUGAAGACUCUUCGUCCAGUGAUCCUGCCGUCAAGCGUGAGGGCGUUGAUUUUCUUACUCAGCUUAGGUUAGGGAAGAGUUUUCUGCACGGAACCGAUAAAGAGGGUCGACCCAUCUGUUUUGUUCGCGUGAGGCUGCAUAGAGGUGGAGAGCAAACUGAAAAAUCAUUAGAACGGUAUACGGUCUAUGUGAUCGAAACUGCUAGACUGGCUCUGAGGCCGCCAGUGGAAACUGCUUGCAUACUCUUUGAUAUGAGCCAUUUCACCAUGGCGAAUAUGGAUUAUACUCCUGUUAAAUUCAUGAUUAAGAUUUUCGAAGCAAACUAUCCGGAGUCGCUUGGGGCAGUGCUCGUACACAAGGCGCCUUGGCUAUUUCAGGGCAUUUGGAAAAUAAUACGAGGAUGGCUUGACCCGGUGGUCGCGGGCAAAGUCCAUUUUACAUCUGAUGUGUCGGAUCUAGAAAAGUUCAUCCCCAAAUCGCAGAUCAUCAAGGAGCUCGAGGGUGACGAGGACUGGGAAUACAAGUACGUGGAGCCGAUCCCUGGUGAGAAUGACGCGAUGAAAGAAGAAGGGCCCCGGAAACAAUUUGAAGCCCAACGGGAAACCACAGUUGAAGAGUAUCAAAAGAAAACAUUUGAAUGGAUCGCCUGUGGUGCGAGUGGUAGUUCGGAAAAAAUCAAACAAGAGAGAGACGGGCUGGCAACGAAAUUGCACGAAAACUACUGGCAACUGGACAAGUAUGUCCGCGCGAGGACAUAUUACGACCGUACAGGAAUGAUCUCCCCUGAUGGCAAGAUCAACUUCUAUCCACCGCCACCAGGAACAGGGGAGAAUCAGAACCUGGUCCCGACCUCCCAAGCGCCCGCGGUCGAAACCCACGCAGAUGAUGUGGACUAA